AUGAACCGGUCUACUUUCAACAUCCAGCCCCUGCACCGUUUCGGCGGCGCAAAUACCUCUAUCCGAAGACCAAGAGAAAUUGCUUGCUUCUCUUAUGAUGGUCAACGUCGUUUUUCGCUGGGCGAUUCGUCCAUGGCCUACUACUACACGCCAGCUCUCCCUGCUGACCUGAACAAGGGCUAUGACACCUUCCAGAAGCUCAAUGAUGUCCCGGAUGAGCACUUGGAUGCUUUACUUGAUACCAUUGCUGCUCACGAGAAAGAAACAGAAAAGAAGUGUGAUGUAGAUAUCAUCACAUGGAGAGGAAUGAUGACCAAGAUUUUAACGGCUCCAUUUGAUAAUAUGAAUGGCUUCGAGAUGAAUGCAACUCUUUUCCAGGGCACCAUAUUCAUCGAAGAAAACAACGAGUACAAGAACCAACAGAAGGAGAUCCAACGAAAGCGGGGAUCGCCACCUGGAAUGGCACCCCAGGAGCUCAUGAUGUAUUGGGGCUACAAAUUUGAGAACCUGGCAGUACUUCGGAAAACGUGGGACGAAUCAACCCGCGAAGAGAUCGAAGGUCGCGAGAACGAAAUCGUCAAUAACGCAGCACAGUACUGUUCCGUCGUUCGUACCGGCAUCGGUAGCGUGCGUAUGAUUCUCGGUGGGGAAGUUGAUGCCAUCUGGGAUAGCAAGCCAUCGCGAAAAGAAGAUCCCAUUAACUGGGUUGAGCUGAAGACAUCAGCUCAGAUUCGCAAUGACCGCGAUAUGCUAAAGUAUGAGCGGAAAUUGCUCAAAUUUUGGGCACAAUCAUUCUUACUCGGUGUUCCUAAGAUUAUUGUGGGGUUCCGAGAUGAAAAUGGCAUCUGCCGUAGCUUGGAGGAACUAGACACAGCUAGUAUUCCUGGGAAAGUGUUGAGUGUCGGCCGGCGGACUUGGGAUGGGAACGUCUGUAUCAAUUUCACGGGUGCAUUUUUAGAAUGGCUUAAACAGACUAUCAAUCAGGAAGGGACGUGGAGAAUUCGGAAGAAGGAGAAGUCUUCGGUCAUCGAGGUCUAUCAAGUUGAGGAACAGGGACAUGGUGACAUUCUCUCGCCCGCUUUCAAGGCCUGGCGUUCAACUACGAACCCGAGUUCGUGA